GGGUUGUGAGCACGGGAAGUCUCCGCGGUGCCUGACGGGGCUGCGGGGCAGCUGGGAACUGUUGUCGUUGGGGCUGCUCUGUUUCCCGCCGCUGCUUCCAUCUCGUCCUCAUGGCAGCCAUAGGAGUUCACCUGGGCUGCACUUCAGCUUGUGUGGCCGUCUAUAAGGAUGGCCGGGCAGAUGUGGUUGCAAAUGAUGCAGGUGACAGAGUUACUCCAGCUGUUGUUGCUUACUCAGAAAAUGAAGAGGUUGUUGGACUAGCGGCAAAACAAAGUAGAAUAAGAAAUAUUUCAAAUACAGUGAUGAAAGUAAAGCAGAUCCUUGGCAGAAGCUCCGAUGAUCCACGUGUUCAGAGAUACAUCACGGAAAGUAAAUGUUUAGUCAUUGAAAAAAAUGGGAAAUUGCGAUAUGAAAUAGAUACUGGAGAAGAAACAAAAUUUGUCAAUCCAGAAGAUGUUGCCAAACUAAUAUUUAGUAAAAUGAAAGAAACAGCUCAUUCUGUCUUGGGCUCAGAUGCAAAUGAUGUAGUGAUUACUGUUCCAUUUGAUUUUGGAGAUAAGCAAAAGAAUGCCCUUGGAGAAGCAGCCAGAGCUGCUGGAUUUAAUGUUUUGCGGUUAAUCCACGAGCCAUCUGCUGCUCUGCUAGCAUACGGAAUUGGACAAGACUCCCCCACUGGAAAAAGCAAUAUUUUGGUGUUUAAACUUGGAGGCACAUCCUUGUCUAUCAGUAUCAUAGAAGUUAACAGUGGAAUAUAUCGAGUUCUGUCAACCAACACUGAUGAUAACAUCGGAGGUAUACACUUCACAGAAACCUUAGCACAGUAUCUAGCUUCUGAGUUUCAGAGGUCCUUCAAACAUGAUGUUAGAGGAAAUGCCCGAGCCAUGAUGAAAUUGAUGAACAGUGCUGAUAUUGCAAAACAUUCCUUGUCAACCUUAGGAAGUGCUAAUUGUUUUCUUGAUUCAUUAUAUGAAGGUCAGGAUUUUGACUGUCAUGUGUCCAGAGCAAGAUUUGAACUUCUCUGUUCUCCACUUUUUCAUAAGUGUAUAGAAGCAAUCAGAAAACUCUUCGAUCAAAGUGGAUUCAAAGCUGAUGAUAUAAACAAGGUCGUCCUUUGUGGAGGAUCUUCUCGGAUCCCAAAACUACAGCAAUUAAUUAAAGAUCUUUUCCCAGCUGUUGAGCUUCUAAAUUCCAUCCCUCCUGAUGAGGUUAUCCCUAUUGGAGCAGCUGUAGAAGCAGGCAUUCUUAUUGGGAAUGAAAACCUAUUGGAGGAGGAUUCUCUUAAGAUUGAGUGUUCGGCCAAAGAUAUUUUAGUUAAGGGUGUGGAUGAAUCAGGAACCAAUAGCUUCACAGUCCUGUUUCCAUCAGGGACUCCUUUGCCAGCCCGAAGACAACACACAUUACAAGCCCCUGGAAGUAUAUCUUCUGUAUGCCUUGAACUCUAUGAGUCUGAGGGGAAAAACUCUGCUACAGAGGAAAACAAGUUUGCACAGGUUGUACUCCAGGAUUUAGAUAAGAAAGAAAAUGGAUUGCGUGAUAUAUUAGCUGUCCUUACUAUGAAAAGGGAUGGAUCAUUACAUGUGACUUGCACAGAUCAAGAGUCUGGAAAAUGUGAAGCAGUCACCAUUGAGGUGGCAUCAUAGUGUUUCAGUGAAACCAUGAAUUUUUUUUUAGAAUUAGAAUAUCAACAUUGGUUUUGUUUAUAAAUGUUGUUUAUACUAAAAUGCUUUUUGGAUGAGCUGUACAAUCUAUGUUUCUAUUAAAGUCCAGUACAUUGGUAA